CGCCACACUCAGCCGCGAGCGGUCGGCGGAACGCGACGCGCUGGCUCUGCGCGGACGGGGCGGCACGUGACUGCUCCAGUGGUGAACUGCGAGCGUUCACGGGCACGGCUGUCUGCCUGGGAAGAGGCGGCAGUCUACGGGGACAGACUCUCGGCGGGUGGUGACGUGCUCCGGUGCGCGGAGGACCGGCCGUGCAGUGAGCGGACGCCGUCACGCGCCUGUUGAGGUACGCGCGACGGAUCAUGCGACACGUGCGGAGCGUCACACUGGCCGCCCAUCGUAACGUCGUCCUGUGUCACGCUCCCAGACGAGAUGCUGUGAUGGAUGCAGCACAAGUGGCAAGCCAAAGAAAAUAUAGGCUCAAGGAAGCAUUCUACGAUGUCCUGGCUGAGGUUGGAGCGCAAAGGGAGAAACCAUAUGAGUGGAAAGAUGUCAUCAUGCUGUUUAUCCGGUACCUGGCGCUGCGGCGGCCGAGCCUGCUGGACCCGCAGGACCGGAGCCGCGUCAUCUGCGAGGGCGAUCCGCUCGGCCGGGUGUUCGGUGUGCCCCACUUCACUAAGGACGAAACUAAGUCCUUGGUGCGGCAGCACCUGUCGCCGGUGGAUGAGGAGCGGCCGGCUCCGGCCGCCGCCGCCGCCGCCGCCGCCGCUGCUGCCGCCGCUGCCGAUGUCAGCAAGCGCGGUGCAGCCGACGAGCCAGUCGCCGACGGCCCAGACAGGAAGCGUAGCUGUCCGGAGGAGCGGACGGCCGAGCCGGCCGCACCCGGCCCCUCCGGCCUGGCGGCGGGCGCAGCCGGCCUCUCCGGCCUGGCGGCGGCCGUGCCCGGCCCCUCCGGCCUGACGGCCGACGCACCCCGUCCGCCCGGACGCCCCGGACUGCUAGGGACAGGCGGCGGGGCGGCCGCGGCCGAAGAGCCGGUCGAAUCCGGUGACGACACGGACGACCACCGUCGGACGUACGCCCGCGAGAUGGAGCCCGUCGACUGCUCGGACGUCGGUGACGCGGACAGCUCGGGGCUGUCGGACGAAGACUCGCCGCUCCAGCUGACGCAAGUGACCGCCUGGUGUGACGACCUGGGCGAGGUGGCCGACCAGGACACAUCCUGUUCGGACAGCGAGCCUCGCGACACCUGGGAGUGUCCUGACGACAGGUGCCGACACGCCAACAGUGCGCGCCGCUCCAAGUGCGACCGCUGCUGGACGACGCGCCCUGCCUGGGUGGUGGAGCCGCGCCGGAGGAAGCGCCGCCUCACCUGA